GGUUGAGGUGAUUGGCAGGUGGGCGGAGGCAGAGGAGGGCUCGCCGGAGCUGCCAUGUCCGCCAUCUUGGAGCGUCGGUGAUGGUGGCGAGCGGAGGUUUUCCCGCCUGAGCGGAGGCACCCGGGGCCUGUGGCGGGGGACGCGCUGCCGAGGAAGAAAUCUGCUUCAUCUAAUUCAAUGCUAAUUCAGUCCUGCUAAUCUGCUAGUACUGUAGAUUGAAAGAUUUUUUUGCUGUUGCCAGGAUACCCUGUAAUGGGCAAGAAGCCUGAGAGAAUACAAAACGUUCUGAUUUUUUAACUUUUAAAAACUUUUGUGUUUUAACAGGACCUGGGCUCCUGUUGAGAAGUGAUGGAAUAAUCUGUGGCCGGCACCUGACAUAUAGAGGGAGCAGCCCCUAAAGGAGCUUGCCUGGGAGACAGUUUGUGAAAUAACGCAGUAACAUGUUUGCAGUAACCAGCAUGUUUUGGAAAUUUGAUCUCCAUUCGUCAUCGCACAUAGAUACACUUCUAGAGAGAGAAGAUGUAACACUGAAGGAAUUGAUGGAUGAAGAGGAUGUUCUACAGGAGUGCAAGGCUCAGAAUCGCAAACUUAUAGAGUUUCUGCUGAAGUCAGAAUGUUUGGAAGACUUAGUUUCAUUUAUUAUUGAAGAGCCACCUCAAGACAUGGAUGAAAAAAUUCGAUAUAAAUACCCGAACAUAUCAUGUGAGCUGCUUACAUCAGAUGUCUCACAGAUCAAUGAUAGGUUGGGAGAAGAAGAAUCCUUACUCCUGAAACUGUACAGCUUCCUCUUAAAUGAAUCUCCUCUAAACCCUCUACUGGCCAGUUUCUUCAGCAAGGUGUUAAGUAUUCUUAUCAGCAGAAAACCAGAACAGAUUGUAGAUUUUUUAAAGAGGAAGCAUGAUUUUGUAGACCUCAUUAUUAAGCACAUAGGGACCUCUGCUAUCAUGGACUUGUUGCUCAGGCUACUGACUUGCAUAGAACCUCCACAGCCCCGGCAGGAAGUGCUAAAUUGGCUGAAUGAGGAGAGAAUUAUCCAGCGGCUUGUGGAAAUCGUACACCCAUCUCAAGAUGAAGAUAGGCAUUCAAAUGCAUCACAGUCACUCUGUGAAAUUAUUCGUCUAAGCAGAGACCAGAUGCUACAAGUACAGAACAGUUCAGAACCAGAUCCACUGCUUGCAAGUUUAGAGAAACAAGAAAUCAUAGAGCAGCUUCUGUCUAAUAUUUUUCAUAAAGAAAAAAAUGAAUCUGCAAUUGUCAGUGCAAUCCAAAUCCUAUUGACCUUACUUGAGACAAGGCGACAGACAUUUGAAGGUCAUAUAGAGAUCUGUCCUCCAGGCAUGAGCAAUUCCACAUAUUCUGUCAACAAAAGUGUUUUAGAAGCCAUAAAAGCACGACUUUCAUCCUUCCAUGAGCUCCUACUUGAGCCUCCAAAAAAAAGUGUCAUGAAGACAACCUGGGGUGUACUGGAUCCACCUGUAGGAAAUACACGUUUAAAUGUAAUUAGAUUAAUAUCUAGCCUUUUACAGACAAAUACAAGCAGUGUGAAUCAGGAGCUUAUAGAACUUAACAGCAUAGGAGUCAUACUGGACAUGUUUUUUAAGUAUACGUGGAAUAACUUUUUGCAUACUCAAGUAGAAAUCUGUAUUGCAUUGAUUCUUGCAAGUCCUCUUGAAAACACGGAAAAUGGCACAAUUACAGAUCAGGAUUCCAGUGGGGACAAUCUCUUACUGAAACAUCUCUUCCUUAAGUGCCAAUUAAUAGAAAGAAUACUUGAAGCAUGGGAGAUGAAUGAGAAGAAACAGGCUGAAGGAGGAAGAAGGCACGGCUACAUGGGUCACCUGACAAGGAUAGCAAACUGCAUUGUGCACAGUACAGAUAAGGGGCCAAACAGCACACUAGUCCAGCAGCUCAUCAAAGAGCUUCCAGAGGAGGUGAGAGAGCGAUGGGAAACAUUCUGCACAAGCUCUUUAGGAGAAACCAACAAGAGGAAUACAGUGGAUCUGGUUACUACCUGCCACAUUCAUUCUUCCAGUGAUGAUGAAAUAGACUUUAAAGAAACUGGGUUCUCACAGGAUUCUUCUUUGCAGCAGGCCUUUUCUGAUUAUCAGAUGCAACAAAUGACGUCCAAUUUUAUUGACCAGUUUGGCUUCAACGAUGAGAAGUUUGCUGAUCAAGAUGACAUUGGCAAUGUUUCUUUUGAUCGGGUUUCAGACAUCAACUUUACCCUCAAUACAAAUGAAAGUGGCAAUAUAGCCUUGUUUGAGGCAUGCUGUAAGGAGCGGAUACAGCAGUUUGAUGAUGGUGGCUCUGAUGAAGAAGACAUCUGGGAAGAAAAACAUAUUGCAUUUGCACCGGAGUCCCAGCGGCGUUCCAGCUCGGGCAGUACAGACAGUGAAGAAAGUACAGAUUCUGAAGAAGAGGAUGGAACUAAACAAGACUUGUUUGAAUCCCACACCAAUACAGAGGACAAAAUGGAAGUAGACUUAAGUGAACCACCUAACUGGUCAGCGAACUUUGAUGUACCCAUGGAGACUGCACACGGUGCCAGUCUGGAUUCUGUUGGCUCUGCUGUGUGGAGUACUGAAGCAUCUGUGCCAGCUAAAGAAACUGGCUGGGCUUCUUUUUCUGACUUCACAUCCUCUUUGAGCUCAAAAGACUCCUUAAGAAGCAAUUCUCCUGUGGAAAUGGAAACAAACACAGAUGCAGGUGAUCCCUUGAGUGCAAAUGCAACUACUGUUACAACACAGCUAGAGACCCCAGGAAGUGUUGCUAUGGAGGCAAGCUCAGAUGGAGAGGAUGAUGUGGAAAAUGCAGACAAGGUAACCGAGACAGUCAUGAAUGGCAGCAUGAAGGAGACACUGAGCCUAACUGUAGAUGCUAAAACUGAAACUGCUGUUUUCAAAAGAGUGUUGAAAUCCUAUCGUGAGGAAGGAAAAUUAACUACCUCGCAGGAUCCUUCUUGUAAAUAUGUAGUAGAAGAGAAUACAGAGGUUGCAGAAGAGGUCCCUUCAGGUCUUCAGCCUACUAACAGCAGUCCAGAACAGAGGACUGAUCAACACACCCAUUUAGGAGAGGCAUCUGUUAAUGGCCCUGUAUGAUAUGUGAUGUCUACUGCCUUGGCUGAAGAGAAAGAACUGAUGUCCAGGUGUUUGAGUAUUUCUUGAGGAUAUCAUCUUGACCCUGUUGAAGCCAGUCACUGCUGCACUAAUUUCGCAAGGAAUCAGGACCAGCAACAUUUAUAUUCUAGAUUUUAAGACAUUGUACAGAAAUUCAUAAGUGUAAAAAUAUUGCACAUUGAGAAAUACCAAUAAUUUUUGCGUAUGUUUAUAUUGUAUUGUUCUAAAUAAUGGGGGGCCUGUGAAAUAAGAUCCUGCUACCCAUGUAAUGAUGACAGUAGUGUUACUAUAGUUAAAAUGGCUGUAAGAAUAGUUUUAUAAAAAAGUGAAUACAAAAAUCUAAUGUAUUUGAGACAUAACUAUUUGACGAUUAGUGUGACCAAAGUAUUUAGCAGUUUUCUUACAUUUUUCACCUUGUAAAAAAGAAAAAGAAAAUUCAUGUUUUUUCUGAAACUGAAAUGCCCUAUAAAUGUUAUUUUGGUUGGUUUAGCUUACAAAAGUGAUUUAAAUAAGAAUUUUUUGGUGUUCAACAUUUUACAACAGGUUUUUUAAUUGGUAAUUGUUUUCUGUAUUGUUCUAAACAGAUCAAAAAAUGUAAGUCUAUUGGUAGAGAUUUUAAGUAUUUAUUGCAACAGCUUAGUUGACAAAUUGAUGUUACUGUAAAGCCAUAUGUUCUGUUAAGUCUAGUUUGCUUGAAACAAUACCUUCCAGGUGAAACACUAGAAUCUUUGGAGUGCACAUGGCUUGUUGUGUUUAAGUGGUUCACCUGCCUUUAAACAGUUCACCAAGAUUUAGUUUAAUACCAAGCAUUAUACAAUGGAACAUUUCAGAACAAUCUGCGUAUUUAAAACGCUAUAAUCCUUUUAGACAAGUCAAGUAAAAGAAAUGCUCAUGCUGCUAAUGUAAUUUCAGUACCUGCAUUUUAAAAGUAAAUAGUGUUUUUAAUACAAAUUUUGGCAGCAGAGCAUGUUAAUUGGUAAUUUCACUGUACUGAUCUGUGUGAGGCUUUCAUUUGUAUGUUCUGAACCAGUUUUUUCACAGCUGGUUUGUGUAUAUAUAUAGUGAUUAUGGAAACUAAUUCUGUGUAAUUUAUAAUUUUCUAUGUCAGUGUAAAAUUCCAACAGCCUUCUCAAACAAACAGAAGCAAUAUACUGUAUAUUGCCACAUUGUCUGGUGAAAGGGUUAAAAUACUCCUGCACUUUUAGACGCAAAACCAUUUUUCUUUCUGUAAUAGUCAUAUUCAUUUAUUUUUUACAUAAUUUGUUUUCCUGACCAGUAUUUAAAGCCAAAAGGAUAUUCGAAACAAUGGCCAAUAAUUUCUUUUAGAAGGCGUCCCAAACAACGUGCCUAAACAUUACACUGCAUACAGAAAUAAAAAACCCACAUGUAUGUCACUGCCCUUAUUGCUUUCUCUUUUGCAUUUUUGGCAAGGUUCAGUGCACUUGUCCUGGGAAGUUUUUGCAAAGUGAUCAGUUGUGUGAAAAAGAAGGGGUAAAACCAUAAUAUCAUAAGUGGAAUUGGUAACUAUAGUUGCCCUUUUAUUUGUACUUUAUAAGUGAUGGAAUCCAGUCAGUUUCUAAGUUUUCUUUAUCAGUUCAGAAUUACUUUCAGAUCAGCUUGACCAAAACCAUUUUGUGUGUUAGCUUUAAGGUUGCCAGCUGUCCUCUUGUCACUUUGAUCUGUCAGCGAACAAGCAGCUUUGGAAACAAAACUGCUCAUUUUGACACAUGAAUUGGAGUUAAGUAGAAAUUCCAAAUACAAGCAAGCAGCAAGUUGGUUUGCAUAAGUUUGAUGCUUGUAAGGAGAAAAACUUGCAUCCUUUCCAGUGCAGCUAUUUGUCCCGUGCUAAAAAGUUGAUUUAUUUAGCUCUGUAGCCAGGAAAAUUGGAGAACACAGUAGAUGAAAUUGAGUCUGGGCCCUGUUUCCUUCACUUCAGCAAUCUUGUACUUGUCCUUCUGUUCACAAACUGUCAUAUCAGUCCACUGUUCUGAGGAAGUGUAGGGUGUGUUUUACCCACUCACUCUAUUCCUUGCACAAGGAAUCUGAACUUGAAAGCAUUGGAGGUGUGUUUGGGGAGGGGAGGGAGGGUCUAUGGGUGGGUGUAAAUACUCCUCUUCUGCCAUCCUUCAUCAACACUGCUGCUGAUCUGCUGCUCACAUAGCCUUACAAAGGUUUGAACGUACUGCAGGAAUCCUGAAUGGCUCUUACCCGGCCUAUUUAAUCAGAUUGGACUUGCAUGCAAUGGAAUUUGAGUCUUCUUUAAGAAAAGGUAUUUUAAUGCAUUUGCAGCAUGGACUGAAGUCUAAUACCUUUGUACAGGUUUGAAUUCCUACAGUGUUUUUAGCAGCAAUUAGAAGGAAAUGAGCUUGCUUUGAAAGGCUUGUCCACUGCCACAUUCCACAGUGCUCUUUGAAAUGACUAAAGGCUCAGUCACUUGAAACUGAGGAAUAAUGAUGUUGGUUGAUGUCAAUGGGCAGUGGAUUUAACCCUUAGGAUUUCUCUGGAAAAGGAUUUUUACUCAAGCAAGAGUAUGUUUCAAAAGUGGCUAGACCAGUAAUAUCUGUAGUAGCUCAUUGCCUCUUCCCAUCUGGCAGAGUGGAUGAAUCAUGCCUUCUUGACCAGUGAAACCGUUAUUUUUAAGUGUAAGCCCUGAAUUAGUUUUAUAGCAAGAUUGUUCCAUUUAAGUAAAAGCAUAAGUCAUUAUCUUGACUAACAUUACUAUUAAUUCACUGAAAAGAUAACAGGAUAGUGGAAACAAUCUCAUUAUGUGGUUGUACAUGGAAUCCCGUGUGACCAUGCUCUUGAGUGAAGUCUACAUUUUUGCACCUAUUAAACCUUGUAUCUACCUCUUGAAAACAGUGACUUCUGUGUUGUCAUCUGCAUACUUCUGUAGAAACUUACAGUGACAUUCAUGCUUUGUGUGAAAUCUAUUGAGGAGACUUGUGAGGAAGGUGAAUCAGAUUCUUACUGUCAUUCAUUAUAAGCUUACCUUUCUGUUUAAAUUUUAAAGCAUUAAUUUCCUUGGAGAUUUUGUUUUCUGACAUAUGUCUCAUACAGUUAUAUCAGGAAGUACUUACUGUAUAUAACUGGCUCUAUUAAUAGACUUAAUCACCUCUGACUGUCUCAGAAUAAAUAGUGCUUUCUCUAGUGUAGUGUAAGUGCUUUGAGUUUCAUUAUGAAAGUGUCUGUAUUGUUUUCCAAACCAAGAUGGAAAAUGGCUGUUAUUGUGGCAGCAAAAUGCCCUUUAUUGCUAAAGAUUUUAACAUCUGUAUUUUAGCUUCUGCAUCUUACUUGCUAGCAAGGUAAGGAUUUGGCAUCUUCCUGUUCCAUUAUUGUUUGAGUAUGUAAGGUUACAGCAUGGAAGGAGAUUAAGGUAAUAAAAUUAAAAUAAAAAAUGUU